CGUAUAUACGCUCGUAUAUAAACUUUAUUGCUUCCUCUCUCUCUUAGAAAGGCAAACAAAUCAAACAGUUGGGUCAAAACUUCCCAUUUUUACACACAGAACAAAAUUCGUAGAUUGUUAAAAAAGGAAUCGAAAUCCCUCUAAUUUCAAGCUUCGUCCUUGUCAGAUCUGAUUCCUCCGCCAUUCUUCGUUCGAAAGGGGUUGAUUGCUAAAUCGGGGAAAGAAAUGGCGAAUAGAGUGGAUCAGGAAUACGAUUAUUUGUUUAAGAUCGUGUUGAUCGGAGACUCGGGUGUGGGGAAAUCGAACAUAUUGUCCAGAUUCACGAGGAACGAGUUUUGCUUGGAAUCCAAAUCCACCAUCGGUGUCGAAUUCGCCACCAGGACUACUCAGGUGGAAGGAAAGACGAUCAAAGCUCAGAUCUGGGAUACUGCAGGUCAGGAGAGGUACAGAGCUAUCACUAGCGCUUACUACCGAGGCGCAGUGGGUGCCCUCCUUGUCUACGACAUCACCAAGAGGCAGACCUUUGACAAUGCCUUGAGGUGGCUCCGCGAACUCAGAGACCAUGCUGAUUCCAACAUCGUCAUCAUGAUGGCUGGCAACAAAUCCGAUCUUAACCACUUGAGAUCCGUUGCUGAGGAAGACGGUCACAAUCUGGCCGAGAAGGAAGGUCUCUCUUUCCUGGAGACUUCUGCUCUCGAAGCAACAAACGUCGAGAAAGCCUUUCAGACCAUCUUAGGAGAGAUCUACCAUAUCAUAAGCAAAAAGGCACUGGCUGCACAAGAAGCGGCUGCUGCUAACUCCGCCAUUCCAGGGCAAGGAACUACGAUUAACGUCGAUGACACAUCUGGAGGCGUGAAACGAGGCUGCUGCUCUACCUAAAACCAAAGGUAAUAUGUUUUCUGGUUUAUUCCCUAUCCCAAGAUUCAGACUUUUCUUUUCAUUGCCUUCUCUUUCAUUUCAAGUUUUGGUUCAUGCAAGACCAUUGUAGAAUACUUGUUACUCUGUUUUUUAUGCUCUUCGGUUGUGUUCAUUUAAAGCUUGUGAGAUUCUUUAGUCAGUAAAGCUUUGUUAGUAUC